UUUCCAAGCUGUAUAAAAUCAGCAUACUGAGCUUUGCAAGAGAAUGAGCUCUUCUUUCUUUCAGCUAACCAGCUGUUUGUGGUGUUUCAGUUUGUCUUCAGCAUGGCUGCCAAGAAAGUGUUGAUUGUGUUUGCCCAUCAGAGCUCUGGAUCAUUUAGUGCUGCAGCCAAAAAUGCUGCUGUGGAGGUUUUGACAGCUCAGGGCUGCACAGUGGAAGUCUCUGACCUGUAUGCCAUGAAUUUUAAAGCCACUGCUACUGCUGAGGACAUCAAAGGUGACAUCAAGGAAGCUGAGAACUUCAGUUACUUGAAGGAGAGCAGACUGGCAUGGGAGGAAGGGAGGCUGUCAGAUGACAUCACUAAGGAGCAAACCAAGCUCACUGAAGCAGAGCUUGUUAUCUUUCAGUUCCCCAUGUACUGGUUCAGUGUUCCUGGAAUCCUGAAGGGCUGGUUUGAUCGGGUGCUCACAAGUGGAUUUGCAUUCUCUCUGGAGAAGCUGUACAGCCAGGGAGUCUUCAAGAACAAGAAGGCCAUGCUGUCCUUUACCACUGGGUCUCUUGAAUCCAUGUUCAGCCCAACUGGCGUCAAUGGGGACAUGAAUGUUACCUUGUGGCCACUGCAGAAUGGCAUCCUGCACUACUGUGGCUUCCAGGUUCUGGCUCCCCAGAUCUUCUGGGCUCCCUCUUGUGCUUCUCCUGAAGCUCGCCAGAGCAUGCUGGAGGGCUGGCGUGCGCGGCUGCAAGGCCUCCUGGAAGAGAAACCGCUGUCCUUCAUUCCCUUGGACAGCUUUGACGAGAAGGGCUUCCAGCUGAAGCCUGACGUUCGUGAGAAACAUGCCAGCAAGGAGUUUGGACUGACAGUGGGCAUCCACCUGGGCAAGCCACUGCCACCCCACAGCCAGAUGAAGGCUGGAUGCUGAAGAUGUGGUUUUGAUAUGGAUGAUGAAUAAAAGCUGGUUCAUUUUGA